UAUUACUGUUACCUAGGUAACGAUCAUAAACAGCUCAGUUUAAUAAAUUUUUUAUUAGUGAAUUUAAAUUGUUUUCAGAUUAAUCUAUUUGAUUGUGAUUUAUUUUUGAGAAGAAUUUUGUGCUUGUAAUGCAUCAUUUCAUUUAAAUUAAACAAUAUUAAAGAUCUAACCAUUUUCAGCUGUUGAAAUUAUGUUCAGAAUGAUGCUGCCUAAUUUAAUAAAGAAGGAGAUACGGAAAAACACCUUUUCUUUACCUUACUCAUGGAGUUUACAGGAUCAUCUGUGCCGAAGUUUGAAAGACGAUGCUUCUACUACCAAAUCUUCUUUACCUACAGCAAGUUCAUCCACAAAUAUAUUGAAGGAUUCUGAAGGAAUUGAAACAAACCCAUUCUAUAACAAAUAUGCGGAUAAAAUUAAAAAAGUAGUUAACAAUGAAGGCAUCAAAAUAGCUGAAAAAAUAGAAAAAAAUCUUGAAGAGAUCGCAACACUAAACAAGAUACCAGAGUCUCAGAGAGUAGCAACGAAAACAAAGAAAAGUAAAGAUCCAAAAGAAGUUGGACCUAAAAUUGGAGGAUUUCCUGGAAAUCGGACACUUAAAGACAUAGUUAAUUUGGAGAUGUUAUUGAAAUUAGAUGCUGAUAGUAUAAGUGAAGUUUGGAGUGAAUAUCAUCGUUUAAAGUCAAAAUGUAUUUAUGCAGUAAUACCUGGUGAAAAAUAUAAAACAAUUUACGAAACUGGAAAAAAAUAUCCAUUGUUUAUAUUUCCCGUUCCUAAAACUGAAUCCAGUACUGGUGAUGAUAAAAAUAAUGAUCAAAGUGGUUAUCAAAUAUAUUUAGGAAGCUUUAAUUAUCAUCAAAUUCAUUUUACUCCUUUAAUAUCGUACCAUGCACAUCAAGAAAAUGCUCCAGCUGCUAUGACCUUACGACAUUAUCCCGAGAUAAGUGAAGAGAAAGGAAUUGUUCUGAUGGAAGGUUAUUAUGAUGAUAAGAUUCUUAAUUCCAUGGAGGCUCAAUGUUUAGCUAAUCAAGUGCAAAUAUUUUAUGGUGCCAAUGAUUUAACGAAAAAUUUACUUCUUAAUAAAUUCAACAAAGAUCCAAAAUCAUUUGAUUAUAAUGAAGUUAUUGAUCAAUUUGAAAAAGGUUUAUUGUAACCUUUUUUGCAUUGUACAUAAAAAAGUAUUUCAAUUAAAUAUCUUGAAAGAAAAUA